UGCAUGUUCGCGAACCACCCCUACAGCGAAAGGCGAGAGUGGGGAGGGGCUUUGGUUUCGCCAUCCAGUCCGGCCUCUCCGCACGCAAACCCAAAACCCUAGCGCCAGCCAGCCAGAGGCGAGAGCAACAAGGCCUCGUGACCCAGAGACCGGAGUGGAGCUAAGGUCGCCUCCCCCAGCCCGGGAUGGAGAGCCUCGUCCUCGCCUCCUCCUGCUCCGCGUCCCCCCGCCUGCCCCUCCUCUCCGCCGCCAGCCGCCCGUCGCGGCCCCUCACGGCGGCGCCGCUCUCCGCUGCCGCCGGGCGGAGGGGGGCCAGGCGGACCAGGCUCGUCGUCUCCGCCGCGUCCCGCGGAUCUAGGAACGAUGGAUUUAACACAAAGGGACUUGCAAGCAUAUCGUCUUCAACCAGCACCGAGAAUACAUCGACGGGAACUGGCACCGUGCCUCCCAUGCCGCCUCCUUCAUCAUAUAUUGGUUCACCUGUUUUCUGGAUUGGCGUUGGUGUAGCAUUAUCUGCGGCAUUUUCCAUGGUCUCUUCGAUGGUAAAGAAAUAUGCAAUGGAACAAGCAUUCAAGUCGAUGAUGACCCAGGCACCACCAAACACAUUUGGUGCAAACUCGCCAUUCCCAUUCUCCAUGCCACCACAGGCAGGUUCCACGGCACCAAGUAGUUACCCAUACUCAGGACCAAGGAAAAAUACCCCAAAAGGUGCAACUGUUGAUGUUUCAGCUACUGAUGUGGCAGCAACUGGAUCUUCGGAAGCAGCUGAUGUGGCAGAAACAUCGAAGCCUUCAAAGAAAUUUGCCUUCGUUGAUGUUUCUCCCGAAGAGUUGCAAAAACAGAAGGAGCUUCAAUCUUCAUUGCAGACGGUAGGUGUAAAAAGUGAUAGCACUGAAAGUGAAACGAAGGGUGAUACUGAACAAAUUCCUACAAAUGGUGCUGCUUUUAAGCCGAGUGAAGAUCCCUCUACCUGGACAACUGAAUCCAGUAAGUCAGGACCUAUGCUAUCUAUUGAUACAAUUGAGAAAAUGAUGGAAGACCCAGCUGUGCAGAAGAUGGUUUACCCUUACUUGCCUGAGGAGAUGAGGAACCCAGAUUCAUUCAAGUCGAUGCUUCAGAAUCCGAUGUACCGCCAGCAACUGGAGGAUAUGCUAAACAACAUGGGCGCAUCUCCUGAUCAAUGGGAUAACCGCAUGGUUGAUCACUUGAAGAACUUUGACCUUAGCAGUCCUGAAGUUAGGCAGCAGUUUGCGCAAGUUGGCAUGACUCCAGAGGAAGUUGUAGCGAAAAUAAUGGCGAACCCAGAAGUUGCUGUUGCAUUCCAGAAUCCAAAAAUUCAAACGGCCAUCAUGGAUUGCUCGCAGAACCCUCUGAAUAUUGUAAAAUACCAAAAUGACCAAGAGGUCAUGGAUGUUUUUAUGAAGAUAUCACAAAUCUUCCCCCAAAUUAAUGGCUAGUGGAUGUGCACCACGGAAUUGCAGUUUUUGAUUUGCCUUGGCCUGUCAUCUCCAGCCUAAGCGGCUGCAGUAGCAUCUGUUAACCGGGAACAGAGGAACUUCAUGUGUUCGGUCAUUAUGCGCAUAGAUGUACCCUUGCCGUCAAGGUUUUUGAGUUGCCAAUGUACAUCAUAUGAUCCAGCGUUUCGGUUUGGUUGCGACCAUGCCUAAAGUCAGAGUAGUGAAGUAGCAAAGUUUGAGAUAUAUAUUUACGUCAUCGCUCUGUAGAAUUGUGUAGUUGGUGCUUUGGCACUGUAUGGUUUGCUGUAGCCUGUAGGAUGUGAAGGUGCCGAUGUAGUUCAUAUCACCUCAAUUUUGAUACAUUGUGUUAUCAUGACAAUGCAUGAAAAUGUUGGCUAUGUUUUUCAA